UGUCAGCCAAUGAGGCCGCUGCUGUGAACACGCUUCGUUUUAUUUAUUUGCCUUCUUAUUCUUCCCACCUUUCCUGCGAAGUAACAGAAGUCGGUGUUUUGGGUGCAGACCAAGGGACUCCGGAAAUCCAAGUGCUUCACGCCGAGACAAGUCCAUGUGAGGACGCAGCGUCAGCAAACUCUUCGCAUUGUGCACGAGAGAACUUGCUUUGAAUUCCCAUCGGAUCAAAGCUCCAACGAUUCUUUGUUCAGUUCAGGAAGGUCUCGCGUUCGGGCUUCGGCCCGAAAUUUGCGUCUGAAGGGACGCCGCUCGGGAGUUCCGGUGCAGUGGAGGCAUGGACUGUAACUGUGUUAGUGAGCUACUGCUCACUCCACCUGUCCCUGCUCUCUGGACACCAGGCUUCGCCUUCCCAGACUGGGCCUACAAGCCGGAGUCGAGCCCUGGUUCGCGGCAGAUCCAGCUCUGGCACUUCAUCCUGGAGCUCCUGCAGAAGGAAGAGUACCAAGGAGUGAUAGCUUGGCAGGGUGACUACGGCGAGUUUGUCAUCAAAGACCCCGAUGAAGUGGCCAGACUGUGGGGAAUCCGCAAAUGCAAGCCUCAUAUGAACUACGACAAGCUUAGCCGAGCGCUGAGGUACUACUACAACAAGCGCAUUUUGCACAAAACCAAAGGGAAGCGUUUCACCUAUAAGUUUAACUUCAGUAAGGUUGUUCUGGUUAACUACCCCCUGCUGGAUAUGGCAAGCUCACCAUUUCUGCUAACCCCCAACCACUUCAGCGGCGGGGCCGCCACUCCGGACUGCAACCCCGUCACCCCCGAGGCCCUGCAGUCGUUAUUCCCGCGACUGCCUGAGUCCGGCCGGGGGAGCGCGCUGUUCGAGCGUGGAAGCACCGCAACAGCUCCAGGACCAGAGGCCGACAAACUCAGACUGGACACCUUCCCUUUCCUCAGCCCAGCCACCCCCUGUUAUUCCAAACCCCAGUCCAUGCUGGGUGCUUACCCUCGCAAUCCUCCAUUUGACUACUCUUGGGGCUUCAACCCUUAUCUCCCUGGGGCUUUCUCCCUAAACAACUGCCCCAAACUGCCCCCAAGCUCUCUUUACCCCUCCCACUUCUAUCCCAACCCACUUCAGUCCAGCCUGUCCCAGCUGCCGCACCCCUUCUCCUCUCUGCUGCCACCUGGAGACACAGGCGGAGCGGAGCGGGCCCAAACCGGAGGAUCCAAUGGCUCAGCGGGCAUCCCCCCUGCACGUCUCUGCCUCCCUCCCUACCAUGGCGGCUUGCUGCAUGGCCGGACUGAGUCGGGUGGCGUGGGCCCGGGGGUGGCUGAGAGGGAGAGGGCCGAGGCCCACCCCGGGCUCCCAGGUGCAGGGCUCAGCCUGGGCCUGGGUCUUGGAGGGCUGGGGUUGAGCAGUGUGGGAGGCAGGCAGAGCCCAGCUGACCGCCGCACUGGUCUGAAACAGGACCCGGAGUCGGACUCGGAGCUGGAGAUCACUGACCUGAGCGACUGCAGCUCGGAGAAUGAGCACGAGCUGGACUUCCCCUCGGCGAAAGAACACAGGCUGGGAGGGCGACCUCACAUACUAGAAGCCAAGACCGGAGGCCUGGGGGGAACCCUACCACCGCUCUCCUCUCUUCCUCCACCUGUAUCACCCCAUCCUCUCAAAAGCCUGGUGCCCUUGUCUCCUCCACCUCCCUCCCUCCCUCCACCCAUGUCUCCGUCCCUCACUCUGGUUGACCAGCAUAGAGAAACAGACACUCUCAAACUCUCUCAUAGUUAA